GGCAGGAUUCAUUAGACGCUUAUCCAGCCCACGUCCUUCCUUCACUCUACCGGUCAUCGCGACUUUGUCAUCACUCAUAUCCAUCCGACUUUCUAAAAUCCACCAAAAAAAAUGGGUUGUGGAAUGAGUACCGAGGAUAAGGAGGGCAAGGCCCGCAACGAGGAGAUUGAGAACCAGCUCAAGCGGGACAAGAUGAUGCAGAGAAAUGAGAUUAAAAUGCUCCUGCUCGGUGCCGGAGAGUCUGGCAAGUCUACAAUUCUUAAGCAGAUGAAGUUGAUCCACGAGGGUGGCUACUCCCGCGAUGAGAGGGAGUCUUUUAAGGAAAUUAUCUACAGCAACACCGUCCAGUCGAUGCGUGUCAUCCUGGAAGCCAUGGAGUCACUGGAGCUGCCUCUGGAAGAUGCUCGUAACGAAUAUCACGUCCAGACCGUUUUCAUGCAACCCGCUCAGAUCGAAGGCGACAGCUUGCCCUCAGAAGUUGGUAAUGCCAUUGCUGCCCUCUGGCAGGAUGCUGGUGUUCAGGAGUGUUUCAAGCGAUCUCGUGAAUACCAACUCAACGACUCCGCCAAAUACUACUUUGACUCUAUCGAGCGUAUUGCCCAGAGCGACUACCUUCCCACGGACCAGGAUGUCCUACGCUCACGUGUCAAGACCACUGGUAUCACCGAGACGACCUUCAUUAUCGGCGAUCUGACCUAUCGAAUGUUCGACGUUGGUGGUCAGCGUUCUGAGCGAAAGAAGUGGAUUCACUGCUUCGAGAACGUCACCACCAUUCUUUUCCUGGUCGCCAUUUCCGAAUACGACCAGCUGCUUUUCGAAGAUGAGACUGUAAACCGUAUGCAGGAAGCUCUCACUCUGUUCGACUCCAUUUGCAACUCCCGCUGGUUCGUCAAGACCUCGAUUAUUCUCUUCCUUAACAAGAUCGACCGCUUUAAGGAGAAGCUCCCUGUCAGCCCCAUGAAGAACUACUUCCCCGACUACGAGGGUGGUGCUGACUACGCCGCUGCCUGCGACUACAUACUCAACCGCUUCGUCUCUCUGAACCAAGCAGAGCAGAAGCAGAUCUACACACAUUUCACAUGCGCCACAGACACGACACAGAUCCGAUUUGUCAUGGCAGCUGUAAAUGAUAUUAUUAUCCAAGAGAACCUGAGACUCUGUGGUCUGAUUUAAUGAUCGGUAUAGAAUGAUCGAGUGAGGAUUGUCUCGACGUUUAGACCGGACGCUAUGUGAACUGUAUUUUGCUUUUAUUGUCAUACCAUGUUGCACAUUUCUUUCGAAAGAUCUUUCAAUUGGCGUUGAGACUUUCAUACUUUUUAUAAUUAUUUUCUUUUUUUUUUUUUUCCCCAUUUUUCCCCUCAGUCUUUUCCU